AUGACUGCCAAACCCAAGUUUGCGUACAAUGACGGCUUCAAGCAGCACAGUGGCCAGCCCAUCUGCACCGGUACCUCUGUCAUCGGAGUGGCCUUUGACAAAGGUGUCAUCAUUGCGGCUGAUAUGCUAGCUAGCUACGGAUCCAUGGCCCGCUUUCGAAACAUUCAGCGAGUGGCCCGAGUCAACGACAAGACGAUCAUCGGCUGCGGCGGCGACUACGCCGACUACCAGUUUCUGAUGAAGUACAUUGAACAGCGAGUAAUUGAAGAGGCUGCCUACGAGGACAGCCACCAGAUGAGCCCGAGUGCUCUUCACACUUGGAUCACCCGCAUCCAGUACAACAAGCGUUCCAAGUUUGAUCCACUCUGGUGCAACUGGGUCGUUGGUGGUCUGAACAACGACAACAAACCUUUCCUUGGCUUUGUUGACAAGCUCGGCACGGCUUUUUCUAGCCCAAUCAUCGCUACCGGCUUCGGUGCUCAUUUGGCGACUCCUAUGCUUCGUGAGGCAACUGAUGCUAAGAAUGGAGUCAAGUUUACGGAGGCUGAGGCUGUCAAGCUGGUUCAAAAGUGCCUCGAAGUUCUGUUCUACCGUGAUGCUCGCUCGUGGAACCGUUACCAAAUUGCCAUCGUUGAUGACAAGGGCUCUCGCAUUGAAGGCCCAUUCAAGAUUGAGUCUAACUGGAAGUUUGCCGAUAUGAUUCAAGGCUACGAGUAA